AUGAGUGCUACUACUACUAUCUCUCUAACUCUCGUGGGUGUUGGUUAUUAUCUUUCUCCACAUUAUUAUUCUUCCAACCCAAACCCUAAUUUCAAUGCCUUCUUCUCCUCCUCCACCAACCCUAAUUUCAAUGCCAACAACCCUAAACUCAGACCAACUCUCUCAACUAGGACCACGCGCGUUUAUGGACAUGUCAAUAGAGAUCAACCAGAUUACCAACUUGAAAAUGGUUUAGGGUACUUUGAUUCCGAGGAAGAACCAGCCACUCUCGUUCGAAAUCAGGUUCAAACCGUCGUCCAAGGAUCACCCUCCACCGGCCCAUCCGAAUACGACCCUGCUCCUGAUGUUGAUUAUCUACAGGAGUUAUUGGCCAUUCAACAACAAGGACCUAGAACUAUUGGCUUUUUUGGAACACGGAACAUGGGAUUCAUGCACCAGGAACUGAUUGAGAUUCUUAGCUAUGCUAUGGUUAUAACUAAAAACCACAUAUACACAUCUGGAGCAUCUGGGACAAAUGCAGCUGUUAUCCGGGGUGCUUUAAGAGCAGAGAAACCAGAAUUGCUUACAGUUAUAUUACCCCAAAGUUUAAGCAAACAGUCUCCUGAGAGUCAGGAGCUGUUAUCCAAGGUGAAAAAUGUGAUAGAGAAGCCCCUUUGUGAUCAUCUGCCUUUAUUAGCAGCCAGCAGGCUAUGUAAUAUGGACAUCGUUUCACGUGUCCAGCAAGUCAUUUGCUUUGCUUUCCAUGACAGUAGGUUGCUGAUGGAAACUUGUCAAGAAGCAAAGAAUUUGCGGAAAAUUGUGACUCUCUUCUACCUUGACUGA